CAGCGUUGCAUAAAUAAACAAAAUCCCGGAAAUUCUUGUUGGAUUUUUAUAAUUUCCAAUUAGAAAAUGGGUCGCAGGAAGUCUAAGAGAAAACCAGCACCUAAAAGAAAGGCAAUUGAACCUUUGGACAUACAAUUUAACUGCCCGUUUUGUAACCACGAGAAAUCCUGUGAUGUUAAAAUGGACAAGGGUCGAAACACAGCUCGGAUAACAUGCAGGGUGUGUUUGGAAGAUUUUCAAACAACAAUAAACUUUUUAUCCGAACCUGUGGAUGUUUACAAUGACUGGAUAGAUGCAUGUGAAUCUGCAAAUUGAGACAUUAUUAUUAGUUCAAAACUUGUUCUAAGAAAAUUAAUUAGAUGGUAAAUAAUUAUGAUUUAUAUUAUAUUUACAAAUUUUACCAUAUUUAGAAUGUAUGUUCUUUUUGACACUAAUGCACUCAGUCAGUAGGUGUAAUAUUUUACAAGAAUUAUUCUAUUGAUUAGUUAGUUUUUGGUUUUAUUUUAUAAAACGUUAAAUUUUGAUUAAUGUUUUUAUCAC